GUCUCCUUUGUGAGAGCCUACCCUGGCUGUCCCUCACAUAUCCUCGUUCUAUAAUUCCUUCUAUCCAUCUCUCUUAGGUUUACCGCCAGUCCCAAGACAUGUCCUGCUACACCCAGUGUGUGCCAUGCCGGCCCUGCGGCCCGACCCCUCUGGCCAGCAGCUGCAAUGAGCCCUGUGUCAGGCAGUGCCAGAACUCCACCAUCGUCAUCGAGCCCUCUCCCGUGGUGGUGACCCUGCCCGGACCCAUCCUCAGCUCCUUCCCGCAGAACACCGUCGUGGGCUCCUCCACCUCCGCUGCUGUUGGCAGCAUCCUCAGCUCUGAGGGCGUGCCCAUCAGCUCGGGGGGCUUGGACUUGUCCGGCUUGGGCAGCCGCUACUGCGGCAGAAGGUGCCCGCCCUGCUAAAGCCGCUGGCCGUGGUCCUGCAGAAAUUCUUUCAUAAGCCACGAACGUGAUGCUGGAUUAAGAAGGAAUCUUCAAGCCCCUGCUUGACUCUAUUCGGAUAUUCUAGGAAAUGCUGAGAGCAAGAGGCAAUCCCAUGCUUUCUCAAAACAUGGCUCAUGUCUCUUUGUGUUGUCCUCUACUGAACCCUUUAUUUCCAUUUUCUAUUUUUUUCCCUCUCUUCAUCUCCUAUGGGCUACGAGGCUCCUCAGAACCAUUCUGCUCCCUUCCAAAAAGGCAGGCACAAGCCUUGCCUGAGCUCAGACUUGGUUCUGUGUGAAUCCUGCACUGUGGAGCCUCUGCUCAGUGUGACUUCAUUUUCCUCUGUAAACAUUCAUUAAAGAUUUCUGCAUCUCAUUUGAGCUUUUGAUUUUCCUUUCCACCUUGUAUGGC